UGCUGCGGUGGGCGCUCGGCCGGCCGGCGGGCAGGGCGCGCUCCGCACCUGCGGCGGCCGCUCGGGCGAUGGCGCGGCGCGGGCCGGGGCCCCGGGCGUCCUGAGCGCAGCGUCAGCCGGGGAUGCCCGCCGCGCCGCCGGCCCCGGCCAUGUCGUCGUCCUUCUUCAACCCCAGCUUCGCCUUCAGCUCGCACUUCGACCCCGACGGCGCCCCCCUCAGCGAGCUCUCCUGGUCGUCCUCCCUGGCUGUGGUGGCCGUGUCCUUCUCCGGGCUCUUCACUGUCAUCGUCCUCAUGCUGGCCUGUCUGUGUUGUAAGAAGGGUGGCAUCGGGUUCAAGGAGUUGGAGAAUGCCGAGGGAGAAGAGUACGCCGCGGGCUCCUCGGCACCGGGCUCCCCUGCGACGGGGGCGCAGGACGGGCCAGACGUGUACGUCCUGCCGCUCACCGAGGUCUCCCUGCCCAUGGCCAAGCAGCCGGGGCGCUCAGUACAGCUGCUCAAGUCCACAGACCUGGGCCGGCACAGUCUCUUGUACCUGGAGGAGGUGGGCCACGGCUGGUUCGGGAAGGUGUUCCUGGGGGAGGUGAACGCGGGCGUCGGCAGCGCCCCGGUGGUGGUGAAGGAGCUGAAGACGAGUGCCAGCGUCCAGGAGCAGGUGCAGUUCCUGGAGGAGGCCCAGCCCUACAGAGCCAGCCCCCCUCCCCGCCCGCCCGCCCCCUCCUGCCCUGAGUUCGAGUCAGGGGGGCAGCCUGUUGGCUCCCGCAGGGCCCUGCAGCACAGUAACCUGCUCCAGUGCCUGGCACAGUGCGCGGAGGUGACGCCCUACCUGCUGGUGAUGGAGUUCUGCCCCAUGGGAGACCUCAAGGGCUAUCUGCGUAGCUGCCGGGUGGCGGAGUCCCUGGCGCCUGACCCCCUCACCCUGCAGCGCAUGGCCUGCGAGCUGGCCUCCGGGGUCCUGCACCUGCAUCGCCACAACUACGUGCACAGCGACCUGGCCCUGAGGAACUGCCUGCUGGCGGCCGACCUGACCGUGAAAAUCGGCGACUACGGCUUGUCCCACGGCAAAUACAGGGAGGACUACUUCGUGACCGCUGACCAGCUGUGGGUGCCGCUGCGCUGGAUCGCACCCGAGCUGGUGGACGAGGUGCACUGCAACCUGCUGGUGGUGGACCAGACCAAGGCCAGCAACGUGUGGUCCCUGGGCGUGAGCAUCUGGGAGCUCUUCGAGCUGGGCGCGCAGCCCUACCCCCACCACUCCGACCGGCAGGUGCUGGCCUACGCCGUCCGGGAGCAGCAGCUGAAACUCCCCAAGCCCCAGCUGCAGCUCACCCUGUCUGACCGCUGGUACGAGGUGAUGCAGUUCUGUUGGCUGCAGCCUGAGCAGCGGCCCACGGCCGAGGAGGUGCACCUGCUGCUGUCCUACCUCUGCGCCAAGGGCGCCACAGAGGCGGAGGAAGAGUUUGAGCGGCGCUGGCGCUCGCUGCGGCCGGGCGGGGGCGGCACGGGCCCCGGGCUGGCCGGCCUGGCUCUGGGGGGUGCGGGCGAGCUGGCUGCCGCCUCGUCCUUCCCGCUGCUGGAGCAGUUCGCGGGCGACGGCUUCCAUGCGGACGGGGACGACGUGCUGACAGUGACGGAGACGAGCCGCGGCCUCAACUUCGAGUACAAGUGGGAGGCGGGCCCUGGUGCCGAGGCCUUCCCGCCGCCCGGGGGCGCAGCAAGCCCCAGCUGCACCGCGCGCCUGCAGGAGCUCUGUGCCCCCGAUGGCGCGCCCCCCGGCGUGGUGCCCGUGCUCAGCGCGCACAGCCCCUCGGUGGGCAGCGAGUACUUCAUCCGGCUGGAGGAGCCCACACCCGCCACCGGCCACGAUCCUGACUGCGCCGGCUGCACCCCCAGCCCCCACGCCGUGGGCCUGCUCCCCGAUGGCGGUGACCAGGACAACGACUCGGAGAGCAGCGCAGCUGCCUCGUUGGCCAUGGAGCCGCUGUUGGGCCCCGUGCCGUCCCCCACGGGGUCCUGGGGCCACUGUGACUACUACCUGCACGGGAGCCACGCCCGGGAACCGCCCUGCUCUCUGGGCUCGCCCGCCCCGGGGACCCUCAUGCUGGCAGAGCCCAGGGAGGAGGACAGUGACUGGGGCGCAGCUGCCUUCUGUCCACCCUUCGUGGAGGACCCACUGGGCACUUCCCCCUCGGGGAGCUCCAGGGCCCAGCCAUCCCCGGGUGGGGAGGUGGUGGGGGAGGCCGAGGCGUGCAGGGCUGCCCAGCACAGACACUGGAGUUCCAACGUGUCUGCCAACAACAACAGUGGCAGCCGAGCGCCAGGUUCAUGGGACACGGGGUACGUGGGUGGGUGCAUGGGCUGCUGUCCCAGCACAGAGCACACAGGACAGGCCGUCCCUGAGCUGGGCCGUCCUCUGGCCCUGGAGGACACCACGGAGCCUCUCCUUGGGCUACAGGGGGUCUCCUCUGGCCAGGAGCUCAGCCACUGCCUUGGCCUCCGUCAUCUGCGUCCUGCUGGGAGCCUGCCGCCUGUCGCCUGCCUGCUGCCAUCCUCUGAGACACAGGCGGCCAUAAGCGGGGGUGACCACCCCCAGACAGAGCCCAGGCUUGCUGCGGAGGCUGAGGGCUCUGCCAGACCUCAGAGACCCCUACCCUCCCUCCCUGCCCCAUCCCCGGAGGGAGCCCUGCUUCCUGCUGAGGAGGCUGGUGCCCUCGCCAGCCUGCCUGCCUUGCCCAUGCCCGCUGGCAGCUGGGAGACUGCCCCCGAGGUAGCCCCGAGCCUGAACAGCUGCCCUGGUUCCCCCGAGCUGGAGGUGACAGUCAGCGAGGACGAGGACGUGACAGAGGCCACUUCUGGCAUCUUCACAGAUGCGUCCAGUGACGGCCCGCCCACAGAGAAGCCGGACGUGAUGCCAGCCUUCCGCUCCCUGCAGAAGCAGGUGGGGACCCCCGACUCUGUGGACUCCCUAGAUAUCCCCUCUUCUGCCAGUGAUGGUGGCGGCUGCGAGGUCUUCAGCCCCUCCGUUAUUGGCACUCCCGGUGGGCAGCCCCGGGCCCUGGACAGUGGCUACGACACGGAGAACUACGAGUCCCCUGAGUUUGUGCUCAAGGAAGCGCACGAACCGUGCGAGCCCGAGGUCUUUGGGGAGCCGGUCUCCGAGAGUGAGAGCCCCGGGCCCCAGACGUGGCUCUCUACCUCCCUUGGAGGCCUCAGCGGGAAGAACCCCGGCCGUGACUCAGCCUACUUUUCGGACCUCGAUACAGAGCCUGAGUCCACCUCGGGCCCCCAGGAGAAGGGAGGAGGUGCCUUGGCCUCGAGGCUAGAGCUGGACCUGGAGAGCCCUGGGCUGCCGUCCGCACAGCCCUCCCCUGAGUCUGGGUUGCCCCAGGGGGCACAGGGCACGGGCCCCACGGGCGUGCCACCGCUGCUACUGCCGCCGCCAGAGGACCCUUCUCCAGAGCCCAGCAGCACCUGCCCAGAGAGCCCCAGACUGGAGCCUCCUUGGCCCCAAGGCCCUGCGGGAGGGCCUGCAGGGCCCAGUCCGGAGCGCUCCAAGGUUUUCCUGCUGACCCCAGUGCCACUGAGCUCAGAGAGCCACCGCCCUGACCUCCAGGAGGCCGCAGUGCUGCUGUCCGGGCCCCCCCAGCAAGAACGGACAGGGGGCCCCAGCACCCCCAGAACCCCGCUCUGCCUGGCUUUGCCGGGACUGCCCGCAGCCCCCGAGGGCCGGUCGGAGGAGGAGGAGGAGGAGGAGGAGGACAGUGACGAGUCCGAUGAGGAGCUGCGCUGCUACAGCGUCCAGGAGCCCAGCGAGGACAGCGAGGAGGAGGCGCCGCCGGUGCCCGUGGUGGUGGCCGAGAGCCAGAGCGCGCGCAACCUGCGCGGCCUGCUCAAGAUGCCCAGCCUGCUGUCCGAGGCCUUCUGCGAGGACCUGGAGCGCAAGAAGAAAGCCGUGUCCUUCUUCGACGACGUCACCGUCUACCUCUUCGACCAGGAGAGCCCCACCCGGGAGCUGGGGGAGCCCCUCCCUGACGCCAAGGAGCCGCCCCCGGCCUUCCUGGCGGGCGGACCCCGCACCCCCGGCGCCCCCGCCCGGCCUCGGCGGGCGGACCGCUCCCCCGACGGCUCGGCGGCGACCCCUGCGGCGGAGGACGGCCGCGGGCUGGCGCGGGACGACGGCUUCCCGCAGACGCCGGGCCCCGACGCCGCCCUGCCCGCCCCCGCCGCGCCCCCCAAGCCGGCUGCGUCCGGCCCCUUCUCGCGCUUCACCGUGUCGCCGGCGCCCGCGUCCCGCUUCUCCAUCACGCACGUCUCGGACUCGGACGCCGGGUCCGUGGGAGGGCCUGUAGCAGGAGCUGGGGGCAGCUGUAAAGAGGCGUGAGGCCCAGGCGGGCCCUCUUGGAGCCCCUCCCGUCCUGCUCCCGGAAGCAGCGAGGAUGGUGACUGACAGCGGGGACCUUGGCCUUGGUGCCCCACGCAGCACCCUGGAGGAGCAGGGCAGGACAGGAGGCCUCCCUGGCCCUGGAUGGUGGAGCAGCCCUGCGCACCGAUCCCGUGCUGCCCCAUGCAGGGGCAGGAUUUGUCCUGGACACUCGGGUUUGUCCCUAGCUGCUGGGGAUGCCCUUCAGCCUCAGGUCCGAGCAGCUCCUUCCUCUGCAGCCUCUCCCUCCACCCUGCCCCUGCUCAUGGGCUGCUUGGCUUCUGAGGCCGGGGGACCUGCUCUUGGCUGGGGGGCCUUGCAUGCCCUGCCCACCAGUUCCCGUGGUUCCAGGAGAUUGUCCUUGCCCAGCCCGGGGAAUGAGCCCAUCCCUGCUGGGGUGGCCCUUCUCUGCCCGGUUCUGGGUUUGCUCUGUGCAAGAGGACCCUGGGCUUGUGUGUCGUGCCCCGUACCUCAAAGUCUGGCUGUCUUUCCCUUCAGCGACUCAGACCCAUCACCUCUCUCUCCCCACGCAGCCUGGGCCAGCUCCCAUCAGAGUCCACGGCUGGAGCGCGGGCGGGCGGGUCGAGGUGGGCUGCCUGGAGGGGGCGGCUGCCGCCCACACCUGUUCUAAAGGUGCCUGCGGCAGGCUGGCGUGCCCAGCUCCCCUCUGCGGGGCGCUGCCCCGACCGGCCCGGCCGCAAAAGGAAAGUGGGGGGCUGCACCCCCCAGUGUCAGGGGCUCCUGCCGCAGGGAUGGGGGCAUGGGAAGGGGUGGGGCCGGGAGGGAAGCGGGGGCAGGGCGGCCCAGGGAAUAUUUUUGUAACUACUGUCGUCCGAGUGACUGGAAAUGGGAGGACUUUAAGUUAUUGUUGCCAAAGAGACGUAAAGUUUAUUGUUGCUUUGGGGGUGUGGGUGGGGGACUUGUUUUGGGUUUGUGUUUUUUGGUUUUUAUUAGUUUGAGGCUUAGGAUGCUGGUGCAAUGAUUCUCUUGUUCCUUUUUUGUUUGUUUUUUAAAAGAAAUCAAGCUAAGAA